GGCACUUGUCAGGGCGAGGAUUAUAUCCCCACUCUCCCUGGGAUGGAGGACGCCGGCGUCCAGAGGGGGAUAUGGGAUGGAGACGCCAAGACCGUCCAGCAGUGCUUGACUGACAUUUUCACCAGCGUUUACACCACCUGCGACAUUCCGGAAAAUGCCAUUUUCGGCCCCUGCGUGCUGAGCCACACGUCUUUGUACGACAGCAUCGCCUUCAUCGCCCUCAAGUCCACCGACAAGCGCACCGUGCCCUACAUAUUCCGGGUGGACACGUCGGCGGCGAACGGCUCGUCGGAGGGGCUGAUGUGGCUGCGGCUCGUGCAGUCGGCGCGCGAGCGGGAGGAGCAGAACCUGGAGGCCUACAUCAAGAGCGGGCAGCUCUUCUACCGCUCGCUGCGGCGCAUCGCCAAAGACGAGGAGCUGCUCGUGUGGUACGGCAAGGAGCUCACGGAGCUCUUGCUGCUCAGCCCCGCCCGGGCCCCCGCCCGCAGCAACGGCUCGCCGCCCUACGCGUGCCCCGAAUGCAGCCAGCGCUUCCAGUUCGAGCUGCCCUUCGCCGCGCACCUGCGUUUCCGCUGUCCCAAGCGGCUCCACGGCGCUGACACGGGCCCCGCCGCCGAGGCCACCGGCGGCAAAGAGGGCGCCGCCAAGGAGCAGGAGGCCGGCAAGUACUGCAAGCCCAGCGGGCCGCUCCACCACCACUUCCCCGCCGACGGCAGCGGCGCCGCCACCACCAAGCCCUCUACGGACUUCCACAACUUGGCACGGGAGCUCGAGAACUCCCGCGGCGGCGGCUCGGGCGGAGCCGCCUCGCCGGGGCGGCCGGCGCCCCCCGACGGCAGCGGCGACGCGGGCGGCGGCGGCGGCGGCGGGGGGCUGCCCAAGCAGAGCCCCUUCCUCUACGCCACCGCCUUCUGGCCCAAGAGCUCGGCGGCGGCGGCGGUGGCGGCGGCGGCGGCGGGGCCGCUGCAGCUGCAGCUGCCGUCGGCGCUGACGCUGCUGCCGCCGUCCUUCACGUCGCUGUGCCUGCCGGCGCAGAACUGGUGCGCCAAGUGCAACGCCUCCUUCCGCAUGACCUCGGACCUCGUGUACCACAUGCGCUCGCACCACAAGAAGGAGUACGCCAUGGAGCCGCUCGUGAAGCGCCGCCGCGAGGAGAAGCUCAAGUGUCCCAUCUGCAACGAGUCCUUCCGCGAGCGCCACCACCUCUCCCGCCACAUGACCUCGCACAACUAGCGCUCUCC